AUGCAUAACGCUGUGAUUACUAUUCCUUAACAUGGAAAUGGCAGACUCUAUAAAACUUCAAUUUGCAGACAUUUUGAAUUGGGCAACUGCUCAAUUGGAGAUAAAUGCCAAUUUGCUCAUGGAUAAAAAGAAUUAAGAAACCCCAAUGAUCCAAUUUUGGGUAAGAUACCAACAAUCGAUUCAAAUAUAGUUAUCACAAAUUACAAGACUGUGUUAUGCAAAUAUGAUUAACAAGGAUUUUGUAAGAAUGGAGUAAAUUGUCCAUAUGCACAUGGAACUAAUGAAAAGAAAUAAGCUAGAUUGGCCCCUGUGUAAUUGAAGCAAUUGUAAGAAAACAAAGAAAAUGGUGAUGAUGAAAAUGUUGUUAAAUUUCUGAAUUAAUUGACUGAUAAAUUAAUGAAAAAUGAUGCAUUCAAAAAUGACAAGCAAGUCUUAGUUUAACUUAAAUCAACUCAAGCUAUGAUUGAAGAAAAGCAUCAUAGAGAUGCAGCUGAAUAGUUAUCACUAGUUUUAUCUUCUCCAUCCAGAUCCUCAAAAUAGUAAAAGGCUUACGAAACAGUCUAUAAGUCUUUAACUUUGAAUUGA